AACAAAACAAACUGCAUUUGACAUUGAAAACGCGGAAAUUGGAAAAUAAUUGGAUAAUUAAAUACCUGAAGGGUGUGAAAAAUCAAUCGCUACAUGCAAUGGAGCAGCGCGCCAAUUUCCUAGCCCUGACGCUGCUGGACGCACUCGAGGACGAGAACGAAUCGGACAUAUUCUCCAUGCUGGACCGAAACACCAUCAAUGCCGGAAUUGUGCCCUGCGAGCGCGGAAUCGCCCCGCUGCACUACGUGUGCGGCAUGCCGAACGAGCAGCUGGCCGUGCGCAUACUGGAACGCUUCCUCGCCAGCGACCAGCUGGACGUGAAUGUGCGCUGCGACGGCAACAUGACGGCGCUGCACAUAGCCGCAAUCUAUGGCCGGGUGGAGCUGGUGCGUCUGCUGCUGGAGCACGGCGCCCGGCCGGACAUCGAGGACGACGAGCACAAGCUGGCCGUGCACUAUGCCAUUGACGAGUGCCACUUCGAGGUGCUGCAGCUGAUGCGCGACCACAUCCUCAGGGAGAAGCAGGCGCAGAAGCAGAAACAGCAGCAGCAUGCGACGCCCAAGUCGGGCAUCAAGUACAACCAUGACGUUACCUCGCCCUACUACAUCAAUAUAACGCACAGGCGUGGCAGGCCGCAGCCCAAGUUCCCAGAUAUCGGCGACCCGGAGGAGUCGGUGAAUCUGUUUACCCUCACACGCGAUCAUCUGGCAGAACUGACGCACAGCCAGGAGGAGGCGUCCUGUGGGCGACGCACGCUAAUCGAAAGCUGGCGCGACAAGGUGGAGCGUUCACGUGCACGCAAAUCGCUGCUGCAGACAGAGCAUGUCGAGACGCUGGUGGAGCAGGCCAUGGCCCAGCCUGACUUUAGCUUCGAGGAGCAUGUGCAGCAGGCGUUGCGCCAGGCGGAUGAGCAGCGCGAGCAGCAGGAGCAAGCGGCGCCAACUGAAGGCAGCAGCGCCGCCUUCGGCCAGCUUGUGGAGCAAGUGGCGCAGGCUUGCGUGCUGGAGCAGAGCUUCCACACAGCCCCGGAAGAGCCCGCGCCAGACAAGUCCUACUAUCUGCAAAUGACCGAAGCCUAUGUGCACACGGACGACGAGAAUGGCCUAGUCUUCUAUGAAACCAAGCUGCUGCAGAAUGUGCCUGAAAAGCCGCCCACCAAAUCCAAACAGCGGCUGGCGCCGCCGCCGCCAGCCAAGCUGCAGCUCGACAGCAGCGCUAGCACCAAUGUGAGCCUGCCGCUGGACUACGAGACGGAUGCACUGCGUGCGGAACUGACACAGCUGGGCGCCCCGCCCGUGGGCCCCAUCACGCACACCACCAAGCGGCUGUACAUCAAGCAGCUGAUCAAGUACAAGCGGAACACGGCCGCUCUGCUGGCGGCGCAGCGGCACGCGAAGGCGGCGCAGAUCAAGUACUCCGUGGAGCUGCAUCAUACGCUGCGCUCCCAGGCGGACUUCGAGCACAUCGAGCGGUAUAUGGCGCACGAGUGUGCCUCUGCGGCGCACUUUGCCACGGCUGCGGCGGGUGGACGGCAGCUGCGCGAGGGUCAUCUGAAGCAGAGUUUCAUUUAUAUGUUGAUUGAUCCGCGCAUCUCGAGGAAUUUGCCGGGCGAGCGCAGCUUUCUCGAUCCGCUAAGCAUUUGGUCGCGCUUUCUGGAUGCCAUUUUCUAUGUGGGCAAGGGCAAAUCCUCGCGGCCGUAUGCCCAUCUUUAUGAUGCAAUGCGUCAGCAUACGCGCGCCCAUCUGCAGCAGCCGGCGACGGGAAAGAAGGGCCGGGCCGGACGCUGCCUGCUAAUGCCGGAGAUUUUCAAAUCGCCGCCGCCGCCGGGCAAGGCUGGCAGCAAGAAGCUGCAGCGCAUCCUGGACAUUUGGCAGCAUGGCAGCGGCGUCGUGUGCUUGCAUGUUUUCCACAAUAUUCUGCCCACAGAUGCGUACACGCGCGAGGCUUCCAUCAUAGACGCCCUCGGCCUCACGCACUUGACGAACAUGAAGCGCGGGGAUUACUAUGGACCGGCCCAGAUCUGGACCAUGAAGCAGAAGAAGCAGCUGGGCAUCGCAUUGCUGCACAAGGCCAUGCACAUCUAUUUGGCGGAGGGCGAAUCGCAGUUGUCGCCCAGUGAUUUAAUUUAGGAGUUUUUAGCAAUAAGUACCAAGUACAAAGUGUAAAGGUGCGGCAAGGCUAUCUUAUACCCGGAUCUCAGUUCAAAAAUGUGUGUAGCAUAAUUAAAUAAAAAAUCUCAUAAGAAUAGACA